AGUAGGAGGGCUGUCUUCAUUGGUAUUCCGGGUAAAGAAAGUAUUAGGCCCAGAGAGGAGGAAGCGGGAGCGUGCAGAGGGCAAAGAGGCCCUUGAGAGCUGCUCCCUACAAAACAUGCAUCGUGGUGAAAGCUGUGGGAGUCCCAGAGCUGGCCUAGUUUACUCCUCCCUCUCAGGCAGCGCCAUGGCCUCAGAGGCACCGUCCGGAUUGUCUCUUCUGUGGGAUAGAGUGGAAAGAGCAGCCGGGCAGCCCAAUCAGGGUCUGGUGACCUUUGAGGAGGUGGUCGUGUAUUUCACGGAGGAGGAAUGGGCCCUGCUGGAUCCUGGCCAAAGAGCUCUGCACAGGGAAGUCAUGGAGGAGAAUUAUGAGACGGUGGCCUCUCUCGAGUCGGACCUCCGUUCGUAUUGGGAAGAAAGAAACGAUCCCUUUAUCCAGUAUCCCAAAGAUGCGACAUCAACAGAGGUCAUCGUACAGGGCGACCAGGGCUGUUUCGGUGCCAUAACCAGGCCUAAAACCGGAUUGAAAUGGAUCAAGAUAAUCAGUGUCAUCCAAGAGCGUCUGGAGCUGGCCGGCAACCACCCGCUCCAGGAUCUUGCCCAGGAACGGAACAUUCGCCACAGGUCUAUAGUUGUUCAAGGUAUCUGGGUCCAAGGAGGGUUUCUUCAGGAGUGGUCUCACCACCGCCUCUUUUAGGCAGUCAGGGACCACUCCCUCUCUUAAAGAGGCAUUUAUUACCUCCUUGGCCCAGCCGGCGGUUCCGGUCCUGACAGCUUUCACCAGCCAAGAGGGGCAAGGAUCCAGUACAGAUGUGGUCGCCCGCACCAGUCCAAGGAUCCUGUCAACAUCCUCAAGCUGCACAGACUGAAACUCAUCCAAUAAAUGAGGACAAGACCGUGAUCUGGAUACUUCAUUAGGUCCAACUGCUAUAAUAUUGGAGUCUAAGUCCCAGCGAAUGCAUGCGAUCUUAUCUUGGAAGUGCUCGGAAGUGAUGCCUUCACGUGCUCCCUGUAGACUUCCCAUCUGCAUCCACUUUGGCACUGUGAGGAUGCUGGAAUAGAUAGGCCUGUGGUCUGAUCCAGCCAGGCUGUUCAUAUAAGGAGGGGGAAUGGCAUCCAGGUUGAAGUUUCCUUCCCAUCUGCUGAGAAAUCCCCAAAUUAAGAUAGCUGGAUUGGUUUCCACAGUGUCACUGAAUUGAGAUUUUUGAACAGUUUCUUGUCCACAAGAGACAUUUGGAUCUACAUGUCCCUGUGCUAUUCAUCUCCAGGAGAUCUAAGAUCGUUCUUUGUUAUGGAGAGAGGAGAAUAAUUUCAGUUCAGAACUAACUAGCUUAUCUGUAUCUUUGAAAGAAAUGUCAAA